GAGAGAGAGAGAGAGAGAGAGAAGGCUUUAAAAGACGUUUUUUUUAUCUAACACCAUUCUAUGUAAAGGAAAGAGGUUGAAACACACAUGCCUACCAUGAGCUUGGCAUCGGAAACAGCUGUCGCACCUCCCCCCACAUCGGUCAUGGAUCCUUAUCCGAAACCUAGACUUCCGCCUGUGACCAACACAAGCCAUGCCUCUUCAUCCUUUCAAAAGUUUCGAUUGCAACAAGAAGUCGAGUUAGAAAGUCAACCUUCGUCUGUCGAAAAGAAACGCAGAGUCUUGUUUCAUGAGCAAGAAAAGACGAGUUUGACCAUCACGACGAGUUUGCAGCAAGGGAAUGGUGGUACGGUUAAAGUAUGCGCUCGAUGUCGUACCAGUCAUAGUCCUGAAUGGAGGCGUGGUCCCGAUGGUCAUAAAACCUUAUGCAAUGCCUGCGGACUACGAUAUUCUAGAUUUCGAACCAAACAAUGGCGUAAAACAACAAAGUAACAACCAAAAAAAAAAAAUCUUUUUAUGUCACCCUUAUGCCUUUAUGUUUUACUAUUCAUCAUAAUUAUGUUGUCUAUGAUCAUUCACUUUUUUUUUUAUAUAUACAUACAUACAUAUAAACAACAACCCCUCCCCAAAACGCGUGAAAUUUACCCAUGAUGGUUACACAAUUCUCUACAGAUCACAAUAAAAGAAAGCAUUUGACAGGUUUAAUCCACUAAAUAUUGACUCCGCAGCAAAAAGUUUUUUUUUCCUUUUCUGGGUUGUGUAUUUUUGUGUGUAUGUGUGUGUGCGUGCGGUGUGCGCCCGGGUGGAUGGGAGAGAGUAUCGAGCCCCGCCCCUACCCCUUUUCUUCCCUCUCUUUUCUCUCAAAAAAAAAAAAAAAAUUUUUUUUAAAAAAGCAAUGUCAGACCUUGUUAGCGAGACACUCAAGAAACUUUCCAUUAGUGCUAAAGAAGUCAGCCAUGCUGCCGUCAGUGAUGCCAAGAGUU